AUGCAGAUGGAUGAGCACACAUUUCGCCGGCAUCUUCGAGUGACCUGGGCACAAUUUGAUUUCCUGCUGCAGAAGCUAAAACAACACAUCCAGAAGGUUCAUGUUGGAGGCCGACCAGAGGUUCCUCUUCACCAGAAGCUUGCCAUGUUUCUCUGGUAUAUCGGCAACCAAAACUCUUUUCGAGAGCUAUCUGAUAAAUUCAAUGUGUCACAAUCAACAGCUCACCAUGUAAUUCUGGAGAUUCUCUGCAUACUCUGUUCCCAAACUUCCUCCUUCAUCUCCUGGCCAAAAGAGUUUGAGAAAGCAACAUCUGCGGCAGCGUUUGCCAGGAUCUGUGGCAUCAAUGACAUCAUGGGUGCCAUUGAUGGGUGCCAUAUUAAAAUCCAGAGGCCCAUCAUCAGAGGCGGCGACUACCUGAACCGGAAAGGUUUUUACUCUGUUCUCCUUCAGGGGAUAGUAAAUGAGAAAGGAAAGUUUGAGGACAUUUUUGUGGGACCACCAGGGAGGGUGCACGAUGCACGGAUGUUGCGCUCUUCCACAUUUUACAGCACUUGGGAGGAGAAGAUGGGAGAAUACCAGCUGUUAGGGGAUAGUGCAUACUGUGGGAAUGCCUACCCUUUUGUGAUGACACCAAAACGCGACAACGGAGCCUUGUCAGCAGAGGAAGAGGCAAGAAACCUACAGAUAAGCCGGGGCAGAGUAAUUGUGGAGCAGACCUUUGGCAGGAUGAAGUGUCGGUGGAGAAGAGUGCGAGACCUUCAAAAUACAUGGCUGGACAUUGUUGUCAUGAUAAUUGCGUCAGCUUGCAUCCUACACAAUCUGUGUGCAGACCCCACAGAUGUGUGUGAGCAGCAUCCACUGGGCUGCCCGAGACGGGGUGAUGAGAAUGAAUAG